CUCUUACACAAACGAGAAGAAUGAGACGCUGUUGUCAUAGUAACUGUUGUUAGCACGUACAGCUAUAUUUGGAGCUAGCUGUAUCGAAGCUGUUGUGAACAGCUUUUUAAUAUUUUGUGUCUUGGGAACAGCCGAUCCCGAAUUUCAUUCCUGCUCCGAUUUGGGUCGGUACUGGAAGAUGUCAGGAGAUCUUGUUGCUGUGUGGGAAGUGGCUUUGAGUGAUGGUGUGCACAGGAUUGAAUUUGAACAUGGCACAACAACAGGAAAAAGAGUUAUUAACAUCGAUGGAAAGGAAGCUAUAAGAAGAGAUUGGAUGUUCAAACUGGUUGGAAAGGAGACGUUUUACGUGGGUGGAACCAACACAAAAGCCACUAUUAACAUUGAAGCAGUGAGUGGAUUUGCAUACGAGUACACUCUUGAGAUUAAUGGAAAGAGCCUGAAGAAAUAUAUGGAAAAUCGCUCCAAGGUCACCAGCACAUGGCUUCUCAACCUGGAUGGCAUCGACUGCAGAGUUGUUCUGGAGAAGGACACCAUGGAUAUAUGGUGCAAUGGACAGAAAAUGGAAACAGCUGGAGAGUUUGUUGAAGAUGGCACGGAGACACACUUCACCGUGGGCGACCAUGACUGCUGCAUUAAAGCCGUGAGCAGCGGUAAGAGACGAGACGGCAUUAUUCACAUGAUGCUGGUGGAUGGCAUGGAGGUUUCAGAGUCUGCCGAAUAAUCUGUGUUACAUCUCCAUGUAAAGAGUGUGUUUAUGUGUUUGGUUGAAGCAUGUCUAUAAUCUGUGCUGAUUUGUGAACACAGAUCAGCAUAUCCUAGUUCAGUAUUGGACUGUUUUUAAGCAGUGACAAAUGUGUCUUACAAACACACAGCUUAGGUAUUUGCUAUAUACCUUACAUAGAAACAAUAUUUCAACGUUUUUUAAAACUCUGAAGAAUCAUUGUAAUUUAAACAAGGAACAAACAUAUUUAUUUUAAUGUGGUUGUUGUUAAUUUUCAAAAUGCAAUAAACAUUGCGAAAGGGAAACAAAGAGAUGUGAUGAUGUCAGAACCUUUAGUAAACAGUUUGGUAUGUUGAUCAUGUGAUAUACUGAGGUACUAAGAUUGUGAAAUAGUUUAUUCUUUUUGCAGUAGCACAAUCAUGUUCACAGAAGCAUUUAAUGAAUAAUAAUAAUACGAAGAUAAAUACAUAACGAAAUAAGCCGCCAAAUUGAGUCAAUAAAGUAAUAAUUUAAAUAAUAAUUAAAAAAAUAAAUUAGAGGUUAAUGUGAAGAUGUUAAGGUAUACUUUCUGGUAGAUAUUUAUCUUACCAGUCUUUUAAAGCAAUAACUUUCCUUAGAAAAUAUACUUUAAUGUGACUACUGUGUGUGCUCUGAAACACUUUGGUGUCUAGGUCUUGUGACACAGGAUUGCUCGUCGUCCCAUCAAGUUUCAUGAGUCUGGUAAAUUCAAGAUGUGGUAGUCUGUUAAACCAGAGUCCAAAAAGUCCAGAGAUGAUAAGUCUUUUUUCGUGAUGUGCAGUGUAGCGCUAUGUUCAGGAUAUUACAAAAGAACAUAGUCUAAAUAUGAAUUAAACUUUAUAUUCUCAAGCACCGUGAGUGCAUAAUGAAAGUGUAAUAUUCAUUUAAAAGUUGUAAUUCUUAGAAUUAAAUUUAGAUUUGUAUUUACAUUUAAAGUGUGUUAAGUUGAUUUCCUAAGAAAGGUGGCAACAGUAUUUGUACAUAGGUAUAUUUGCUGUUUGCAAUUUUAUUGUACCCUUAUGCUUUUUAUAUGUAAAUACAAACUGUUACAAAUAUGUGCUGU